UCAACCAGAUUCAAAAGUUCGUCGAGUCCAGUGGAAGAAAUCCCAUCGGUCUCUAAUUUAACUGAACGACAAAUGUCAGUGUUAAAAGAAUUUCAGAAGAGGUUCUCCGCCCUUUUAAAGGAGUCGUUUGCUCCUGACAAGGAGAUUUCGGGCUUGGUAACAUUUCCGUUAAAAACGGAAGAGGAAUUGGAUAAAUUCGAAAAUUCCUUGAUCCCGGAGCUUAUUGGUUUUUACACAAGGAAAAUAUCAAAAAUUAUUGGGAUCGAACCGCUGUCAAAGCGGUUCAAGCUUGUCAUAGCGGAAGACAUUAUAAACAACUGCAAUUUGGACGGGUCCAACGGGAAAAAGUCCCUCAGAUCCCGUAUAGGGUUUUACGGAGGUCUUAAAGGAGCGUUAGCCAAGGAUUCGAGGACCCGGACAAAUGUUUAA